AUGUCCUCUCCCCUCCCCCGCGCACCGACAAAGAACAUCGUAGUUGUCGGAGCGUCGUACGUCGGGCUUGCGGUGGCGACGGAACUGAGUAAAGUGGUGGGAGAGGAAUAUAGGGUUGUGGUGGUCGAGAAGAACUCGCAUUUCGGGCACCUGUUCGCCUACCCACGCUUCGCGAUAUCCCCCUCACACGAACACACCGCCUUCAUCCCCUUCUCGACGACUUCGCACUCGAUGCUCCCCCCUCCCCAUACCAUCCUCCACGCAACCGCUCUCUCCCUCCUUCCCUCCAGCCGCAUCCUUCUCGACCGGCCCAUCUCGCUUCCCUCUUCCCCUCCCUCCAACGAGAUCUCGUACGAAGCACUGAUCCUCGUGACGGGCACGAAGCUCUCGCCGCCGGGUACGAUGCCGGGUGGCACGAAAGCUGAGGGAGUCGGGUAUCUGAGGAGUAGUCAGGGGAGAUUGAGGGAGGCGGAGAGGGUGGUUAUUGUAGGUGGAGGGGCAGUGGGAGUUCAGAUGGCCACCGACCUAGCCACCCUCUACCCCCCUCCGCUUAAACACAUAACCCUCAUCCAAUCCCGCCUCCUCAUGCCUCGUUUCCAUCCCGCCUUGCACGACCUCGUCCUCCGACGAUUGGAGGAGUUGGGUGUGGAAGUGGUUUUGGGAACGAGGGCGGAGGUGCCCGAGGGGGGAUGGGAGGGGGUGAAUGAGAGUGGGAAGGGUGGGAAGGUUAGGCUGACGGAUGGGAGGGAAGUCGAGGCGGAUUAUGUCAUCCACGCCCUCGGCCAAACGCCCAACUCGUCCCUCCUCUCCACCCUCUCGCCCUCCUCGAUCCUCCCAACAGGCUACAUCCGCGUCACUCCCUCUCUUCUCGUCUGCCCCUCCUCGGCAUCAGAAGCCGCCGAACUCGGAGGUAAAGUGUUCGCGCUGGGAGACGUAGCGGAGAGUGGUGCGCCCAAAGCUGCGAGGCCGGCGUUGGAACAGGCGAGGAUUGUGGCGGGGAAUGUGGUCAAGGUUUUGCGGGGGCAGGGGAGGGAGUCGCUCGAGACAAAUACCCCCACCCCCGCCGCAAUCCACCUAACCCUCGGCUUCCGCGAAUCCGUCAUCUUCCGGAACCCGCCUCAAUCUCCCGCGGGCGAAUGGGAAGGCGAACCGACGGUUUUGUGGAAGGACGACGGGAGGGAAGAUAUGGGUAUUCGAGGGGUUUGGGAGAGGCGGUUGCCUGGGUUUGCGAAGAGGGAGGAGGAUUAUCAUUUGUAG